CUCGAUUCUGUCCGGGACGCCGACAGGCACAUCGUGUUGUGCAAGAAGACUAGCACCGCCUGCCUGGCUAUGGCGGGCGGAGGUAGGCUGGCCACUAUAGGCCAAGCUUUGGAAACUCGGGCCCCAGUCCGUGUUCCAGGCCAGCGGAUUCGUCGGCACCCGGCGAGCUUUUGCUCAUUUCGAGCUCGAUCUCAGGCGCCGCCUCACUUGCGCAAGCAAACUAGUCCUCGUGCAGCUGCUGAAGUAUCAGUGUCUGAAUCAGAGUCCAGCAUUUGGAGGCCAGGUCCAUUGCCUACGCAGCUUCCGCUUCAGCUUCUGCCGCUGGUCUAGCUCUCUCCCGCCUGCCGUGAGCCAUGUCUGACCCGAAAAGAAAAUCAGCAUGCUCCGCUACUUUUAGUCCCCGGGCAGAAGAUCUCGGAGGAUCCAAUGACUGCUGUGCUGUGCGGAGCUCAUUUGGCUCGACAAGGGUGUUUGAUUGAUAUCAUUCCCCUCUCAAGCUGCUGACUCGCCACAGCUCGGAGAAGUUGCCGAGCAGUCAGUCGCCUUCCGGAGGCGUGCAGUGAUUGGGACAAGUCUUCAUCUGUCACUGAGACUCAGCAUAGUUCGUGAGCUUCGGUUGCCCCCGACCUCAUUUUGCCGUCGGUUUGAAGAGAGGCGACAUCACUCGACCACGUACUGGCAUCAGCUGCCUCGAUUUGUCGAUGUGUGGUAAACUGUAUUCUUCUUCCGUCGAAUGCACAGCUGAAGCGCUCCCUCCCCCGCCUUCCCAGCUGGGAGCACGAAUCCGAGCACUCAGUUCUGCUCGCGCUUGCAUCGUCGAAGAGUGCUGGCCGCCAUGCAUCGAAUGCAGGCGUUUCAGGUGGACUUGCACAACAUGUCAAGAUUCUAUGAUGUCAUAUAGUCAGAUCAGUAGCGGCGAGGGGUGUGCAUCGAUAGAAUCUCGUUUUCAUCUCCGAGCCAGCUCGGGUUUUGUCGGAGGACGUUUCUGCAGUCUGUAAGUCUGUUGACCAGGAUGCAGAUGGUUCGUGAGAAGUGGAAGAGUGACAGUCGAUAGCCACCAUAGAAGCAGUCGUUAUUAUACUCCCUGCACCGACCUCUCCCAUGGCAGACUGAGCGACGGUCCAGCGCAUGCAUGAUUCAGAUGCAUUGACUCCUUCCACCAGUGACGAUGGAGUUAAUUCAGAAAUGGAAGAACCGAAGUUGGAAGAAGAAUGUUGUCAGUGGGUGCAUCUGCUUCCUCGUGCUGGCAGCUCUUAUCACCAUCGGCCUAUACGUCAUACUUAAUGGAUCUGUGAAGGAGAGGGAUCACAAGCUGCCAGAUUUCCAUGUCAAAGAGUUCAACAUGUCGAGUCUGGAUCAGAGCUUGACCGAAAACAGGAUCAGCUCGCAGAGCUCGUUCGUGAUCGAGACAACCAACAGAGGCCAGCAUAUGGACAUCUGGUAUGACACAUUCAUGCUGAAGUUGGAGUCCCAGAGCGAGGGCAUCAGCUUCGGAAACGGGACUGUCCCUGGAUUUUAUCAAGCUAGUAAAAACACCACUCUCAUUGUUGGGAAUAUGACAUCUGUCCCUGCUGCCGGUGAAACCCUUGAUGCAGCCCAGCAGCUGCUACUACAAAAUGCUUGGGCCAGUCAGGUUCUGCACCUCAUCAUCACGAUCGAUGUGCAAACGCGUUAUGCUUACGGCUCGCGCAACAAGCAGAUUCCACAAUUCACUGCCGAGGUUUCCUGCAAGCUCGAUGUCAAUCCACAAACCACAGCUGGGUCGCAGCUUUUGUGGGAGUCUUGCAAGGUCGCGCAGUUCGACUGCCUUACAGAUAUAUGCGAUUAGCUAGCUAACAGUGGCAAGGUUCAGUCCUUGAGUUGUGAUCAACUGUAACAGCUCACAAGAUUGCAUCACUGUGGCAUUGGUGUAGAUAGAUCGCAUCACGAGCUGACAGUCCUCCAUCUCAGGGAACAUGUUGAUGUCAGAUUAGAGAAUGUAGAUUAAAGACAUAUGUAUGGCUAGAAAGCUAGCAAUGUCUCGGUUUUGUUUAAGAAACGCCUCCUUCUUGUCAUCACUUGAGUUAUAAGUCUAAUCGAGAGCUUUGAGUGAAAGCAUGCUGCUCUCGCUACAAACUUUUCAAAAUAUACAUACUCUGAUUCUGUG